AUGUAUGUUCGCUCCAUCCUUCUGGGUGGUGCGGCCGCUCUGGGCGCCAGCGCCAUGCUGGUCAUCCCUGAGAUGGAGCCCCAGGUGGAAGCCGUCGAGGACGGUUUCAUGAACAUUCACCCCCUGCUCCUCGAAGACACCCGCCAUGCCAUCGUCGACCUGCCUUGCACUGAGUGCCCCGUCCGCCAGGUUGAUGAGGAAGGUGCUGUCAGCUGGGCUGAUGGCAAGCCGUCGUCACUGAUGCUCGACUUCUCCAUUGAAGACAACCGCCUGCUGGCCAACGGCCGCCAGAUCUUCCCUCCAGUCGCUCCCAGCCCUAUCGAUGUCAUUCAGGAAAUCGAAGAUGGUGAAGUAGCCGGCCCCAUGCCGGUUGGCUACGCCCUCGAGGUCAUGCCCUUGCCAACCUCUGACGACCCAACCGCCGCCGACCUUCUCAAUGUCCGAUUCACAAUUCUAGACUUGGAGACUCAUCCGGUCCCCGUCGACACCGUCGCCAUUACCCUCAUCCAGGACCCCGCCGGUCAGUUGUAUAUCGCCAAAACCGAGAUCGACGAGACCGCGUCCCCCACCGACCGUUUGUCCUGGAAGAAGUGCAACGGCAAGCCCAAGUGCCUCCAGAAGCUCCUUAUCUCCCGUGUUCGUGGCCUUCUGGCCGCUGCGAAGGAGCGUAUUAUGGGAAUGGGCCCGGGCUCCAAGGCCGGCCGCAAGGGCUGCCACGGAAAGCCCAAGGGCUUGAAGGGUAUGCUGGGCAUGGGCGGUCACCACAAGCACCAUGAUGAGGCUGGCCCUGAGGGCAUGUCCUUCCACGACUUCGAAGGCCCCAAGGGACAUCAUCACCAUGGCCACUUUGAUUCCGAAAGUGCCGACCGUCCCCCCCACCACAUGCAUCACGGUCACCAUCGCGGCGCUUUCGCCCACACCUUCUCUCGCAUUGUGCGCUUCAUUCUCGUGCCCGCUGUUCUCGGUGUUCUGGCUGGUCUCACCGCCAGCGCCGUCGGCAUGCUUUUCGGCCAGGCCGUUGUCUUCCUGUGGCAGCGGUACCGCGGCACCAAGUCCCAGGAGCACAUGGCUGCUUGGGAGCAGGGUGAGGCCUGUGAGAAGCAGGGUCUGAUGGCCGAGACCGAAGAAGUUCUCCCCGAAUACAUCGAGGAGUCCUCGCAGACCCGGGAAUCUAUGGAUAAGAACUAG